AUGGCCAAGAAGGGGUUUGCCGGGCACAAGGAGCGCAAGAGGGGAAAGAAGAAGAGCAAGGUUGUCGCCGAGCUGACAGUCGCCGCUGUAGAAGAGCCCUCUGAAUCCAUCAUCGACACCGAUCUCACGAAGAAGCCAGCUGCUCAACAAGAAGGAGAAGACACAGAUGGUCAGCUGAACCCCUCUUGGGUCGUUUCUGAAUCAUCUAUCAAGCCAAACGAUGCAGACGACGUAGCACCCUUCGGCUAUGUCGACGCGGACGUCAAAGCCUACUUCAAGGAUGUACAUGCGAAGCUCAAAGAAGCCGAGUGGGCUGCUCCGCAAAAGAACCGGUCUUCAGAGCUCGGGGAAGAUAUCGAUGGAGAGAAUGAGCACUCGCUUCUGCUCAAUGCUGCCAUUCGUGAGAUGGACGGCAAGGAGCUACGGCUUGCAACUGAUCCAGAUACCAGCAUCGCCCUGGAGUACAUAAUUGAGCAUAUGAAGGAGAAGCAGAUGAGAAUUUUGGUGGACCGAAUGACCGGAAGGUAA